AUGGAAACAGCAUCAACCUCUGCUGUUAAAUUUAUUUUUAAUGAAAAGACAUACUACUCUGAGAAGGAAUCAUCUCUCUGGUUUUCUCUUGUGAUAUCUAUCUAUCUAUCUAUCUAUCUAUCUAUCUAUCUAUCUAUCUAUGUCAUUCUUUCAGAUCUAUCUAUCUAUCUAUCUAUCUAUCUAUCUAUCUAUCUAUCUAUCUAUCUAUCUAUGUCAUUCUGUCAGAUCUAUCUAUCUAUCUAUCUAUCUAUCUAUCUAUGUCAUUCUUUCAGAUCUAUCUAUCUAUCUAUCUAUCUAUCUAUCUAUCUAUCUAUCUAUGUCAUUCUGUCAGAUCUAUCUAUCUAUCUAUCUAUCUAUCUAUCUAUCUAUGUCAUUCUGUCAGAUCUAUCUAUCUAUCUAUCUAUCUAUCUAUCUAUCUAUCUAUCUAUCUAUGUCAUUCUGUCAGAUCUAUCUAUCUAUCUAUCUAUCUAUCUAUCUAUUUAUGUCAUUCUGUCAGAUCUAUCUAUCUAUCUAUCUAUCUAUCUAUCUAUCUAUCUGUCUAUGUCAUUCUGUCAGAUCUAUCUAUCUAUCUAUCUAUCUAUUUUGAUGGCUCCCGAGUCUUGUGCUGUUCGCUGUUCAUUUAUCUCCCUUUCUCUCUCUCACUCUCGUUCUCUCUUACUUUCUAUCUUUUUUUUCUCUCGGUGUAUUGCCCUCUUUUUAUCUUCCUUUGCUUUAGAUCUAUCUAUCUAUCUGUCAUUCUGUCAGAUCUAUCUAUCUAUCUAUCUAUCUAUCUAUCUAUCUAUGUAUUUUGAUAAGUUCCCUUCUGUGCUUCUCAUUCGAAUCCACGUAAAGACCAGAAUAAAAAGAAACCUGAUUUUGGAGGCAGGAAUCUAUCUAUCUAUCUAUCUAUCUAUCUAUCUAUCUAUCUAUCUAUCUAUCUAUCUAUUCUCCAAGAUCUUUAGAAAUAUAUUUUUUUUUAUUUCGCUUUUGAUAUAUCUGCCUUUGUUUCUCUUGGUCACUUUCACUCUCUUUUGUUUUCUUGAUGUGUUGCCCUCUUUUGCACUUCCUUUGCUCGGAGCCAAAUAA